UGAGGACAAGCGAUAUCGCCUUUUACCACUUCCUUCCAACUCAUCGCGCCAACCGCUCUCCUACGCCACGCCUCCCUCUCGCUCGCCGCCUAUCUCCCCUCUCCCACGCCCGCCUAUUUCUACCCCCCACCGCAAUCCUCUCCUCGGCCCCCAACAGCGGGGCGGACCGCGCCGUGCCAUGGAGGCCUUCUUCGACUCCUGGCUCGCCCGCCUCGACCACCUCCGCUCCGACCUCCUCCAUGCCUUCACCCACCGGCCCGACAGGAUACCCCAUGCCGUCGACGCCGUGCUCUCUCACUACCGCGACUACCGCGACGCCAAGGCCCGACUCGCCGACUCCGACGUCCUCCGCGCCCUCACCCACCCCUGGCUCACCCCCUUCGAGCGCAUCUUCCUCUGGGUCGCCGGCUGGAAGCCCUCCAUCGCCUUCCGCCUCCUGCUCGGACACCGCUUCCUCUCCCCGGACCAGCACGCCGCCUUCGAGGUCCUCCGCCGGGAGGUCCAGCUGGAGGAGCACCGGAUCUCCGAGGACAUGGCCAGCGCGCAGGAAGCCAUGGCCGGCCACAUGGUGCUCGAGGCGGUGAGAGCCGACCUGUACGCCAACGGGAGCGCCUGGGCGGCGGCCGCUGACGAAGUGUCUCGGGCGCUGCGGACGGUAAUCGACGCCGCAGAGGAGCUGCGGGAAGCCACCCUGCGCUGGCUGGUGGAGACCCUGACGGCGGCACAGAUGGCGGAGUUUCUCGCCGCCGCGGUAGAACUCAGGAUCCGCGUGCGGCGAUGGGGCUUGCGACGCAAUGGCGGCCAGUCCAACUGAGAUAUCCUGCGAUCGCUGGUGAUCUCGUAGCAGCUGGAAGCUCCCCUCCCGCUGUGUAGUUAAUAAGAUAAUUGUGUCCCGAUAUCCUUCAAAGUAGAGAGUUUAAUAAAGAGCAAUUGAACGAGCUAUAAUCACAAG